AUGUCGUCUCCCCGCAUCCAUAUUGACGAUACGUUCGGCGCUGCGUUUGUGGGCGUGAUCGUCGCAGCUGUGUUAGCAACUGUUUAUGAUUUGUUUAUUGCAUAUUUGAGCUCACUCUUCGUCGUGCUAGGCUGCAUGGUGUAUCGUGUGCUCAAGCCUGGUACUAUUUCACGCAUCAAAACGACAAGUGGCUCGUUAAGACGCUUGCAUAUCCUGCAGCAAUUUACAUCCUCUGUAGUGUAUACAUACCUCGUUUCCAAUUACAACAACCAAGAACAACUUAAAUACCUCGUUUGGAGUGUUCUUGUGGAAGUUCUCUUCAAUGGAUUUACUGCGUUCUUGGUUCAAAGCACGGCGGGUUUGGCAGCGAACGUCUGGUUAACGGGCCUAGUGGCUUUUCUCGUGCUGAGUGAAUUCGGUUGUGUGCUCGCAUUUGCCGCCCUUUCGUUACGCUUUACAACUUACGAACAACUCGCUACGCUUAAGGAACUCUCAAUUACUGUCAACGCUCUGGGAGCUGCUGGCGAUGUCGUGAUUGCCUUCGCCCUUUGUGUGCUCCUCCAUCGCUCGCGUACAGGCUUUCAACGUUCGGAUUCCAUGAUCAAUAAGCUGAUUAUCUUCGCUGUCAACACCGGCGUUCUGACGAGUCUGUGCGCCAUCGCGUCUCUCAUCUCGGCAAGUCUCGCCUCGUCGUGCCCAUCCGGAAUCCGCCCGACCCAGACGAACAUCUCCAUCAUGAUCGAUACCACGAAAGAGUUCGCCACCGACGUCGAGCCUUCCACCCAAAGCCAGCAGAUGGACGAUAUUACGGAUGCGCUGGAGAUGGAGAUCAUGUCUACUAUCGCUGAUGAAGAGAAGCAAUCCGGGUCGUCCAAUAUGUCUCUCGACUCGACGUCGAAGGUGACGUUUAUCUAUGAAGGAGAGGGGAAAGUGACGGAACAAGUGUAA